AUGGAGCAAAAUAAAACUUCAAUGAAUUUAAUCUAUUCAUACUCAAAAUUAUCAGAAACUUUAUCAGCUUCAAAUCCAAAAAAUAUUGAACAAUUGAAAACAAAAAUUGAACAUAAUAAAAAGGAAAGCUUCUUAUCUACCAAAAAAUUGACGCCAUUUGAAAUAGAUAAAACUUUUGAAGAUGAACAAAAUCAUAUGGACUCAAAUAUUUGGUCAGAGAAAUCGUGGUUUUCCAGACAAUUUUUGAUUCAGUUUGGAAUUAUAUAUGUUGCAAGUUUGCUAAUGUUCAUUACUGGAAUGCAUACUGGCUGGGUAGGACCAACGAUCUUAAAGUUAUCGUCAAAUAAUUCAGACAUACCACUCACAUCAACAGAAAUAUCUUGGUUAGCUUCAAUGGUACCAUUUGGUGGUGGAAUUGGUCCAAUAUUUGGUGCAAUAUUAGCGAAUAAAAUUGGACGUAAAAAGACAAUUUUGCUCAUAGCUAUACCAGAAAUAUUUACAUGGAUUGCAGUUAUAUUGGCAAAAGAUAUUUAUUGCUUAUGCGCAGCACAAUUUGUUAGGGGUAUAACUGGUGGGGCUGUAUUUGCUGUUAUACCGAUGUAUGUAGGUGAAAUAUCGUCACCAAAAUUUCGUGGAGUUAUGGGAAUGCUUUCUAUUCUACAACAUCAUGCUGGAUUAGUGCUCGAAACAGCGCUUGUGCCAUAUGUUUCAAUAUCGUCAAACGCAUGGAUUGCAUUAACAAUACCCACAUUUUUAGUUUUGGUUUUUAUUUGGAUGCCAGAAUCACCGUACUAUUUUUUAAUAAAAAAUCAAUCAACAAAUGCCGGGAAAUCUUUACGAAUUUUAAAUCAAAGAGUUAUGUCAAUACAACAUCUAACUGGAGUCGUUCCUGUACUCGUUUAUGCUCAACUUACAUUAGAAAAGUCAAACUCAUUUAUCGAUCCCAAUGUAAGUGGAAUUAUAAUUCAGAGUAUUGGUUUGAUUGGUAUUGGUACGUAUUUUUUUGUACCAGAAACAAAAGGAAAAACUUUACAUGAAAUCCAAAAAUUUUUAAGGGAAUAUUAA